CCCACGCUCCUCGAGAGUAUCAGACAUAUUCCACUCUGAACCAGUGAAUUCCCAAACUCUCUCUCUUUCUCCGUCGUCGGCUAAAUAUCAAAAUGAGGAGCUCGCUGUUCAGAGUUAUCAAAACCCUAAAUAACUCUACCUCUUCUUCUCAUCUUCUCCACCGUGGCUAUGGAUCGGAAGCCGUUCCCCACCGGAAAGUCGCCGUUCUCGGUGCUGCGGGUGGGAUCGGACAGCCACUUGCUCUGCUCAUGAAGCUCAAUCCUCUUGUCUCCGAUCUCGCUCUAUAUGAUAUUGCCAACACACCUGGAGUGGCCGCCGAUGUCAGCCACAUCAACACUAAAUCUGAGGUUAAGGGGUACAUGGGAGAAGAGGAACUCGGUAAAGCCUUGGAAGGAUCAGAUGUUGUUAUUAUUCCAGCUGGUGUGCCAAGAAAACCUGGAAUGACCCGUGAUGAUCUCUUCAACAUCAAUGCUGGAAUUGUUAAGGGUCUCUGUGAUGCAAUUGCCAAGUACUGCCCCAAUGCUCUUGUUAAUAUGAUUAGCAACCCUGUGAAUUCAACGGUACCUAUUGCAUCUGAGGUUUUCAAGAAGGCAGGAACCUAUGAUGAGAAAAAAUUGUUUGGAGUAACCACUCUUGAUGUAGUUAGGGCCAAGACUUUCUAUGCUGGGAAGGCCAAAGUGCCUGUUACAGAGGUUAAUGUGCCAGUUGUUGGUGGCCAUGCUGGGAUAACCAUUCUCCCACUAUUUUCACAAGCCACACCAAAAGCCAAUUUGGCAGAUGAAGACAUUCAAGCUCUUACAAAGAGAACUCAAGAUGGAGGGACUGAGGUUGUUGAAGCAAAGGCUGGAAAGGGCUCUGCAACCUUGUCAAUGGCCUAUGCAGGAGCCAUUUUUGCUGAUGCUUGCUUGAAAGGACUCAAUGGGGUUGCGGAUGUGGUGGAAUGUUCAUUCGUGCAAUCGAGUGUUACUGAACUUCCUUUCUUUGCAUCAAAGGUGAGGCUUGGAAAGAACGGUGUGGAGGAGGUUAUGGGAUUGGGCGCUCUCUCUGACUACGAAAAGGAAGGGUUAGAAAAGCUGAAGCCUGAGCUACUGGCAUCUAUUGAGAAAGGAAUCAAGUUUGCCAACAAGUAAUUAAAUCAAUGCUUUUUUGGAUGGCGGGCAUGUUUCCUUCCACCACCACACGCCCAAAUUUUGCAAUUUUCUUUUUCAUUUAUUUAUUUGCAGUGUUGUAUUCAUUGCUUCGCCAGUAGCACCGGCUUUUCUAUUUAGAGUAGAGCAGGUUUUACAUAAAUCAAACCUACUAAUAAUAAUACCCCGUGGGAUGCAACGGGAGAGGUUUAAUAGCACAGCUUAAAUUUACAAGCA